GUGAAAAAAUGGCUAUAGCCAGUUUGGCUGUUGUUUGUAGAAGAGUCUCAGCCGCCCUGAAGGCGUCCAGAUCGUUAAUAACUCUUCCGGUCCAUGCCAGCACAGGUUGCAGGCUUUCUCUUAGUUUGUUGCCUAAGAAUAUACCAGAUGUCACAUCCUUUCACCAGUGCAAAUUACUUCAUACUACAUCAUCAAGAAAAGGACUGGAAGAAUUUUUUGAUGACCCAAAGAAUUGGGGAGAAGAAAAAGUAAAAUCUGGAGCAUCAUGGACCUGUCAGCAAUUAAGGAACAAAAGUAAUGAAGAUUUACAUAAACUUUGGUAUGUCCUACUGAAAGAAAGAAACAUGCUCUUAACCCUAGAGCAGGAGGCCAAGCGGCAGAGCUUGCCAAUGCCAAGUCCAGAGCGGUUAGAGAAGGUAGUAGAGUCCAUGGAUGCAUUAGAUAAAGUUGUCGAGGAAAGAGAAGAUGCCCUAAGGCUUCUUCAGACUGGUCAAGAAAAUGCUAGACCUGGUGCUUGGAGAAGAGACAUCUUUGGAAGAAUCAUCUGGCACAAGUUCAAGCAGUGGUUUAUACCUUGGCACCUAAAUAAAAGAUACCAUAGGAAACGAUUCUUUGCAAUGCCUUAUGUGGAACGUUAUAACAGACUGAAACUUGAGAAAGAAGCACGCAUCAGAGCAAGGAAAAAAAGUUUAGAGAAAAAGAAAGAAAAAUUGCUUCAAGAAAAGUUUCCACAUCUUUCUGAAGCUCGGAAGUCAAGUCUUGUCUAAGAUGUCUGAACUCCUGAAUUUACCAUUUUAUUUUUCUUGCAUACUAGGUCUAUAUAUAAAAGUAAUAAACAUGUUAAACGGUUUAUAAAGAAAUU